AUGACUACUUCAGAGACAGAGCCGAGUCUGUCAGCAGACGAGCAGUAUCGACAAUCGCUCACAUAUGGCUUGAUUAUAAGCACCGGACUCCUGUCCAUCAUAAUUUGCAGUUUAAGGCUCUAUGCAAGGGCAUUCAUCCUCAAGCGGUUUGGAAUGGAUGAUAUCGCGGUUUGCAUCUCAUUGGUCAUCACACAAUCUUUCAAUGGAUUAGGAAUUGCUAUCGUGUAUUAUGGCGAAGGCCGACAUUUCGACAACUUGUCUCUUGAAGAUAAAGCAAUCUGGCUCAAGGUACUAUCACCCUUCUUGCUCUUCUUCCGUGCUCUUAUCCAGACAUGUUGCUGA